UCUCCGUGUAAUCAUGUGCAUUAACGGUGAUAUCACACGGUAUGAACGCUAGCCUGAAGUUGUUUAACUGAGAGCCUGUCAAGAAUCACAGCUGAAAGUGGAUUUCCUGGGCAAGUCACCGGCACAGCUGCCUGUGGGUGACUUUUGAGUGAGAGCUGUUUAGCUGUCCUGGCUAGCGGUGGGCUAAUAUCGUACAAGGACAAAAUGAGCUAGGUGUUAGCUGAGACAGUUAACUCUUCGCAGUGAGAAGACGUGAAACUCACCUGUUGGACAGUUAGCGCUCAUGUGUUGGCGAUAGUUAACAUGUCGAAUCAGCACCAGCCGGCUUUCCCGAUCCAACAGCAGCCCAAUCUGAACUCUGCUCCUCUCACACAGUGCUUUGUGAAACCUUUUAACAAUCCUCUUCAAAUCAAAAGGAAUGUGAUAACAGACGAUUACAGUGUGACCAGUCAGGUGCUCGGGAUGGGGAUAAAUGGCAGAGUGCUGGAAAUAUUCCACAAAGAGAGUGGAGAAAAGUAUGCACUGAAGAUGCUGCAGGAUUGUCCAGAGGCCAGACGGGAGGUGGAGCUCCAUUGGAGGGUGUCACCUUGCCCCCACAUUGUACCCAUCAUAGAUGUUUAUGAAAAUCUCUACCAGGGCAGGAAGUGUCUCCUCAUCGUGAUGGAGUGCAUGGAUGGAGGCGAAUUAUUCAGUCAUAUCCAAGACAGAGGGAAUCAUGCAUUUACAGAAAGAGAGGCCUCUGACAUCAUGAAAAGUAUCGGAGAAGCAAUACAUUUCUUGCAUACCAUCAACAUUGCUCACAGAGACAUCAAGCCAGAGAACCUGCUUUACACCUCCAAAAGGCCGGACGCCCUCCUCAAGCUGACAGAUUUUGGGUUUGCCAAAGAAAUCACCACAUUAAACUCUUUAGCAACACCCUGUUUUACCCCCUACUAUGUUGCUCCAGAAGUUCUUGGUCCAGAGAAAUAUGACCGAUCCUGUGACAUGUGGUCUCUGGGUGUCAUUAUGUAUAUCCUACUUUGCGGAUAUCCUCCCUUCUUCUCACAUCACGGUCUGGCAAUAUCCCCAGGAAUGAAAAGACGGAUCCUUAAUGGACAGUAUGAGUUCCCGAACCCUGAGUGGUCCGACGUGUCUGAGGAAGCCAAACAGCUGAUCUGCCACUUACUGAAAACUGAGCCCACCCAGAGAAUGAGUAUCACCGAGUUCAUAAACCAUCCCUGGAUUAAUCAGUCAGUCGAGGUCCCACAAACGCCUCUUCAUACCAGCCGCGUGCUGCACGAGGAACAAGAUGUUUGGGAGAAGGUUAAAGAGGAAAUGACAAACGCUCUGCAAACGAUGAGAGUGGACUACGAUCAAAUUAAAAUCAAAACUAUUGAAGACUCAACAAAUCCUCUGCUGUUGAAGAGAAGAAAGAAAAGUAAAAACUCAGCCACACAACCUCCAGGCUAGUGAAGUGAAGACUUUGUAAGAGGUAUUCAGUUUCACACAGACACACACACUCAAGUGCAGAAUGCAGAAAAAAGCUUUCAAGGAGAGCUUUCGGGAAGUCGUUCAUCGUAAGUGUGUUUUUUUUAGCAGUUCUUUCUGUUAACCUCAAAUACUUCUGGGUAAAUGUGCUUUAAGGACUUUGAAACACUUUCUAUGCAUUGAAAAGUAUUCUGUAUGUGUACUAAGAUACAUCUACUGUAUGUGUUUCUUUGAUGCUGCUGUGAGUCAUUUUAGUGAGCUUUCAGCUUACGGACUGUUUUUAGGUUUCUGUUCUCAGUUUUGAAAGCAGUUUAGGCAGACUUUUUGUUUUGUGGAUGUUGUUAAGGAAGCUUGCCAGCAUAAUGUUUUGUUUUCUAUUGAACGCUCAUUAUCAGAAACCACAACUUUUGUUGUGUAUCCAGUUGGGAUGUCAGAAGUAUUUCUCCUUGCCACAAUUUAGGAGUUUUCCUGCCAUGCUGUGGUAGAGCAGUAUCUAAAACUUACUUAUCAUGUGUAGCAAUAAUCAUAUUUGCUAUGCCUAUGAGACGGGUGAUAAUUGCAUUUGACUGAGGAAACUGUGCUGCUAACUGGUCUCUUCAUCCUUCUGUAGCAUUCAUUGUCUCUGUGCAUGCAGUCUGCUGUGUGAAAGUCGUGGAAGGAAAAGUGGAUGGCAGCUUUUAGAUCAAUGCAGUAGUGACGACAUGUUAUCCUCUCUGUCUUUCGCUCUGGAUUAAUUCUCUUGAUAUUCUCUGUGGAUUUGCGUGUUUCUAUAUCUGUAGGCCGAUCACCGUUAACGUGCUUUGAAAUUGUGUGCCAAGUGAAGUGAAACAGAGUGAAUGGGUGACUGCAAAAGGGAUUAAAACCACUGUGGUUCUUUUGUAGUUUUCA